UUUAGUACGUUACUUUUCCUGUGGGUGUCAGGACAAUUUAGUAGGGUAGCGUUGCGGUUGGUACAGUUAAUUAGAUGUCAAGAUAAGUUUAUGUGGUUAUCAGUCGUUUGACAAUCUGAAGUGCCUCUGACUGUGGGAAAACCCAGACUUCAGAAUUGCUUCAUGAAGCUAGGCGAAGAGUUCUAAAACAAAAAACAGUGUAAUCAGCUCGCGAUUCUGGCGGGACACUAGAGAAUGUAUUAAGUUGCUCUGCAGAACCAGUCUGAUGUCAAUGCUUUCAAAUUACGCCUUGCGUAUGGCACGCCUUAGUGCCCGCAUUUUUGGAGAAGUGGCCAGGCCAACUGAUGACAGAUCGAUGAAAGUAGUGAAGAUGUUCAGCGAGCAGCCAUUAGCACUACGGAAGGAGGUCUAUGACUGGUAUCCACCCCACCCAACAUACUUUGCACUAAUGAGGAAACUACGGUUCUUGGGGCUGUACAGGGAUGAACAUGAAGAUUUUAAAGAAGAAAUGAGACGACUAAGAAAACUGAGAGGAAAAGGAAGGCCCAAAAAAGGUGAAGGAAAGAGGGCCACUAAGAAGAAGUGAGAUCACAGCUGUUGAAAAGACAUGUUUUGUAACACAGGACACACACUGGAAAGAUAUUUAAUGUCCGUGUGUAAAGUUAUGCUGUUCUACUUGAAAACCUUCAUUUCCAACUAAAAUUUGAAGAAACUUGUAAAUAAAGAACAGAGGGUACAACAGCUAUAUUACAAUAGUACACAACUGAUGUCAGAUUUUUACUGAACUUAACCUCGAGUCUGAAUUUUUGGCCACUAUCAUCAAUGGCUUGAAGUGGAAACAGUGCGUAAUUCAGUGCAUUAAUGAUGAUUUAACUGUCAUUUUGAAGUGCUAAUCAUUUUGCCCUGUGCAGAGCAGGACUGAGAGAGUCCUCCUUGUGUGUUACUAUUUUAAAGUAUGAUUUCUACUUUUCAAAGAUUCUGUGUUUAACUGCAGACCAUCUUUAAUAGUGAUUUCUGUAGACAGAUUGAAAAUGCAGACAAAUGUUGAAUUUUGGGAAAAGCUGUUUCUUCCCAUGAACAUCAGUUUAACACAAGGGUAGGCAACAUUGUCAGACCAAAAUGUCAAAAAAUUGUGACUUUGGCUUUUGCAAGUUGUUUAAGUACCAGGCAGACAACUAAUGUGGCAGGGUGAAGUGAUGAUCAAUACUUGGAUAUGCAUGUAUAUGUUAAAAACACUGAAUUAGCCAUUAAUUGCUGCCAUUAAAUCUGAUUAAGUUUGCUAGAAGGCUGUUAGAAAAUGGCUGUAAUAUUACUAAUAAAGAUACUCCCCUCUGGUAUGCAGCUGAA